AUGAGCAGAUGCGACUUUAAAAUUGUUUUAUUAGGUAGUGAGCAUGUUGGCAAAACAAGUCUUGUGCUGCGAUUUGUUAAUUGCAGAUUCAACGCAGGCACUCCAUAUCAAAACACCAUUGGUGCAGCUUUCUGCGCUAAAACCAUGCACUCCAAUGGAAAGGAUUUCAAUAUUGGCAUUUGGGAUACAGCAGGCAGUGAGAGAUAUCAAGCAAUGACAAAGAUGUAUUAUAGAGGAGCCCACGCCGCUAUAAUAUGCUACGAGCCGUCUUGUCUUGCCUCGUGGACACGGUUGAGGCAUUGGCUCCAAGAACUGAGGACUGUGGAAGAGGACUGCAAAGUCUACCUCUGCGCCACCAAAAAGGACCUUCUCGACUCUGGCGCUGUCGUCCGGGAGGUCCCGGAGGAUAUUGUGGCCACGUACUCCCAAGGCCUGAGUGGGCAUUUUAUGACGUCCAGCAAAACCGGCGAGAAUGUCGAGGAACUAUUUCAGAAGAUUGUGGACGACUGCGCAGCGGACGUGUCUGUCAUGAAGAACGUAGAAGAGAUGCGAGUGCAGCUUGCCAAAGAAGAAGCGGCAUUUAAAGCUAAGAGCAAAGACUACUGUUUCUGCUGA